AUGGCACGCUAUCAACUCCGAAGGCCAUCCCCGGUCAAGGUCUUCCCAAAGCGCAUUCGUCAGGUCGAUCCUGUUGCAAGUACGAUGCCUGCUGCCGAAGCUGAAGAGGAAGAAGGCCCAGAGAGCCCAGAUUCACCAUUCAGCAGCCCAUCAACAGUCGGUGACAUAUCCGAGAGCGAGGAUUCGGAAUCCGAAGACGAGGCCGAGCCACCAUCACCGGUUGAAAGCGGUGCCACAGCUGCAUCUACUGCAACUCUGGAUGCCACUUCAACCCUGAGUGCUACUUCAACUGUGGGUGCUACUUCAGCUGCGGGUGCUACUCCAACUGCGGGUGCUACUUCAACUGCCGCUAUAUCAAUGCCAACCUCUUUAUCGGAAAACAAAAGAAAGGAUGCACCACAACCCCAGAUUACCGGGUCCACACUCUCAACUGCUGUUCGUCCUACCAUAACGUCAACCAUCAUCAAGGAGGUCAGACCAACAGACCCUCCGGAGCUGUCUUCGGCAAUAGCUUCAGUAUCUCUAGCUCCGCCACCUGUGAACACAGCUGAGCCAGAACUUUCCGGCGAGAGUAGUGUCCCCCAAAGGCUUCCACAACGAGAACAAGAGCCUAUCAUGACAAAAGACGCCAUGAUUGCAGCAAUAGUGUUGGGUGUACUUGUAGGUGCAUUAGCGCUGCUUGUCGCUGGAGUAGUUUUCAUCAAGCGCCGCAAACGUAAGCACAGUUAUAUCGAUGCGGAUCCAUCAUUCGAAUCCUCCAAUCCUUACGCACCCGCCUCCAUCCCACCUCCAGAGACCGCACACGUAGGUACCGCAUCUUCGAUCUUCGCGCGUCUCAAUGGCGGCGACGGUGCUGGCGGAAACGGUCAUUUGACCCGAUCCACCGACCGCAGCAAUACACUAUUCGGUCCAGGCCCAUACUCCCGCCCCGAAACCGUUUCUACCGAGCGCUCAACCCGUGUACCACCAACGCCAAAUCCGUUUGCUGAUCCACCCCUCAACAAAGCGUACGAUGUACUAAACAACCGACCUAGAAGUACGACGCUUACGGAUCGCGGAAGUUGGCAGCAAAAUCCCUUCAAGAAUCCAGAGAGCGAGCGAUUCGAUCCUUUUGGAGAGUUGAAAGAGAAGGCUAGAAGGGAAAGGAUACGGUAUGUGGAGGAUGCGAGACGAGAAGCCGAGUUGAGGAAGCAGAUGGAGCAGAAAGAGGCGAUGGGACUCCGGCCGGAUGGUAUACCGUGGGAUGGCGGAUAUCGGUGA